AUGGCGAGUAAUUUUUGGGUUACUCGUAGAGAAAUAACUCAAAACAAUGGGCGCACUCGUCCUAAUGAGUAUGAGAAUCAAAUCUCCAAUAAUCAUUUAUUGUCAAAUACUCACUUUCAAACACCACAAAAUCCUUUCACAAAUCUCAAUAAUUACAAUCUAGGGAGGUAUCAGAAUAAUACUGUUGCUACUGCUACACCACAACCAAUGGUUCAAUUCUCAUUCUCUAGCAAUAACCCUUCCUCCUUCCUAACACCAGUUCGAUAUGGUCGAACAUUGCCUUUGAGUUCAAGAAACAAUCCUUUCAUUCCUUCUUAUCUUCCAAAUUCAUCUCAAAAUCCAUCAUCGAAUUUAGGCAACACUCUUUUCAUUCCCCCUUCUCUUCCAAUCUCGUCUCGAAUUUCCUCCUCGAGAUCAGACAAUACUCCUUUAAUUUCUUCUAAUCUUCCAAACUCAUCUCGAAUUUCCUCAUCUAUUUCAGGCAACACUUCUCUCAUUCCUUCUUAUCCUCGUAACGCAUCUCAGAAUUCCUCAUCUAAUGGUGUUACAACUAGAUAUCGUAAUUCUUUGAGACCAGUUCUUCAUAAUCAACUAAAUGCUCGAUAUUCUCCAUAUCCGGAGGGUUCCAAUCACAUAAGUAAUAUCAACCCUUUAGUAUUGAAUGACUCUAAUCCUCGUUCAAGGAUUGAAUUGAUUAACUAUCAAGGUUUGGAGGAUAUUGAUAUGCUUAAUGCAAAUCCUAACAAUAAUAAUAACAACCCUUUAGCAUUAAAUGAUUGCAAUCCUCAUUCAAGGAUUGAUUUGAAUAACUACCAAGGCCAUGGAAAUGCUAGUUUUGAUUCAACAGUGGAGCAUCGUGUGUUUAAUGGUGGAGAAACUGAUGCUUGGAGAGAGCCAGUAACUACUUCUGUUGUUAGUUUCAAUGAAACAGAAACUCAAAAGAAAGAGCUACUUCUUUUCAAGGAUGACAAGAAUACAAUUCCAACCAGAUCUGUUAUUGAAAUUGAUGAUUCAAGUGAUGAUGAGCAUUUGGAUCUCUCACUUCGUCUUUAA